AUGACAUUUGGUAUUCGUAAUAUCGUUGGAAUACAUCGUCUUCAUACAGGUCAAAAAAACCAUUUAACACCUUUGGUAUUCAAAACGUAUGGACAAUGGUCUUAUUGGCAAAAAAAAGCAUUUGAUUAUCUUAUUUGGUGUCAUUUAGCUCAUGCUCUUGACUUUAGUGCUGCACUUUUAUGUUGGUUUUGGAUAUUUCCAAUAACAUUUCCUGAAGCAAAUGAAUGGCAUAUUAAAUGGGUAUCACGAGUUUUUCUUUAUAAUCUAGCUUGGGAAUUUAUGGCUUAUUCAUUUUGGCAUUGGAUGACUUAUGCACGUGCAAGUCCAUACCCUCAAGGACCAUUACAUGAAAAAAAAUUUAAUCCAAUUAAUCAAUAUGAAGAAAAAAAUCAACAUCAUUUAUUAAGAGAAAUAACAUUUACAACACUUGGUUGGUUACAAUCAGCUUUUGUACAAUGUGUUUUUAUGUGGUUAUGGGCUAGUGGUCGAUUACCUUAUUAUAAUGAUUUUUGGUCUCGACCAUUUUUUUCAAUAUUUAUUCUUUUGGGUGUUACUUUUUGGAGAGAAUUUCAUUUCUAUUGGAUUCAUCGUUUUAUGCAUCCAUGGUGGUCUGUUCAAAAUGGAUUACGUCAAGGUGAUAUUGGUGCAUUUCUUUAUCGUCAUGUUCAUAGUCUUCAUCAUAAAAGUCGUAGUCCUGGUCCAUGGUCUGGAUUAUCUAUGCAUCCAAUUGAACAUUUUGUUUAUUAUACAUGUGCUUAUUUUCCUCUUCUUUUUUCAUGUCAUCCACUUCAUUUUCUUUAUGCAAAAUUUCAUGCUGAUAUUGCACCAAUUGGUGGUCAUGAUGGUUAUGAUGAUCCAGCUGGUGGUGCAGGUUUUCAUUAUUUACAUCAUGCAUUUUUUGAAUGUAAUUAUGGAGUACCAUUAAUUGAUUUUGAUCGCCUAUUUGGUACUUACAAAGAAUUCGUCAAGAAACCAUCAAUAAAUGAUAAACAAACAAAUUAA